AAAGUUCGAUUUCAAAGUUUCAGAAUAAAGAGGGGAUCCAUUCAACAGCGGCAAACACUCUUCUCUCAACUCUCCAAUGGCUAUCAUCUCCGAUUUCAACGAAGAAGAGCAGAAACCCACCCGCUCCUCGCAAUCCCAAUCCUCUUCAUCUUCUUCUUCUACAUCCUUCACUUCCCCUUUCGACCGAUCAAACCCCAUCGCUUUCCUCCAGAAAGUAUUUGAAUUUGUCUCCGAACAGAGUGACUUUCUGGGCACGGAGGCCGCCGAGAAGCAGGUAGUGUCGCUGGUGCGCGCUGCCGGUAAGAAGAGGAGAGACCAGCUCAAGGCCUCCGAAGAGAGGGAGAAGGCGGAGAAGAAGAAAAGGGAGGAACUCAAAGCCACGGAGGACAGAAAAAAGGCCGAGAAGAGAUUGAAGGAGGAGAAGGAACACAAAGCGGAAGAAGACAGCGGCGCCUCCAAAGUUCCAAACAAGGGUAAUGGACUGGAUCUAGAGCAAUACUCUUGGACUCAGACUCUUCAAGAAGUCAACGUGAAUGUUCCAGUGCCUAAUGGAACCAAAUCAAGGUUUGUCGUCUGUGAGAUAAAGAAGAACCAUCUAAAAGUUGGACUCAAAGGCCAACCUCCAAUUAUUGAGGGGGAGUUGUAUCGGUCUGUCAAGCCUGAUGAUUGUUAUUGGAGUAUAGAGGAUCAAUGUGCACUUUCUAUUCUUUUGACCAAACAUGAUCAAAUGGAAUGGUGGAAAUGUCUAGUGAAAGGUGAUCCUGAAAUUGAUACCCAAAAGGUUGAACCUGAGAACAGCAAACUUUCUGAUCUAGAUCCAGAGACUCGUCAGACUGUUGAAAAAAUGAUGUUUGACCAGAGGCAGAAGUCUAUGGGUCUUCCAACCAGUGAAGAGCUCCAGAAGCAGGAACUCAUGAAGAAAUUUAUGGCGGAGCAUCCGGAGAUGGACUUCUCAAGGGCUAAGAUAUCAUAAAUGGUACAUUACUCUUGAUAUGUAUUUUUGGGUCUUGCUUCAUUGCGUACAAGCUGGUCCUGCUUUCUUAUAUUAUAGUGUUUGUACCGUUGCAUAGUAUCUCGUAACCUAUUUUUGGGCUGUCAACACAAUGAACUUGAUCAUGAUAGUUUGUUCUUUGGACGGAGAAUUUGUUGCUAGAUAUUUUCUUUAACGGCUUGGAGAGGAUCAAGUAUCUGUUCAAUUUAGGGUUUGGCGUUAGAAUUGUUGUUACUUACUAUUAUAGAUAUUAUCAAUGUGUGGUUACAUAA